AUUCAGGAAGUAAAUCCAUUUUAGUGACAGGAACAACAUCACGGGACUCUCAUUGCUCUGAGCAGAUUAAUAAAAUAUUACCUGUAACUGAUCUGUACACACCUGUAAUAUAAGACAACAUGUCUAGGCAGUCAAACAGAGCCACGGACAACAAGAAGAUGAAUUCAGAAUUAUUCACUCUCACUUAUGGAGCCUUGGUCACUCAGUUGUGUAAGGACUAUGAAAAUGAUGAAGAAGUCAACAAACAACUGGAUAAAAUGGGAUACAAUAUCGGAGUGCGUCUGAUUGAGGACUUCUUGGCUCGGUCCAGUGUGGGGAGGUGUCACGAUUUCCGAGAAACGGCCGAUGUCAUUGCAAAGGUAGCCUUCAAGAUGUACUUGGGUAUCACCCCCAGCGUGACCAACUGGAGUCCUGCUGGAGAUGAGUUCUCUCUUAUCCUCGAAAGCAACCCAUUGGUGGACUUUGUAGAGCUUCCUGACAACCACAGUAAUCUAGUUUACUCCAACCUGCUCUGUGGAGUGCUGAGAGGAGCUCUUGAAAUGGUUCAAAUGGCAGUGGAUGUGCGAUUCUCUCAGGACACACUAAGAGGUGACAAUGUGACAGAAAUUCGCAUGAAGUUCAUCAAAAGGAUCGAGGAGAACCUGCCAGCUGGAGAUGAAUGAGACUGAGAGACUUUUGUUUCGAGAGACUUUUUAUGUUGGUUUGGGAACCAAAAACGUCUAUUUUGGUCAAGAAGACCAACCAGUCCCCAAACAUUGUAAGUAUUGCAAUGAGAGUUCACUGUCGAGAAGAUUUCUCUCGAUGUAUCACCAAGGUUGACAUGUUCUUUCCACCUGGUCCAUGUUUUUUAUUUCAUACAAAUACCUUCUCAAGUCUCUUUUUGUAUGUCAGUUUGUCUCUAGUGUACUUUUUUGUUAUUCUUUUUGCAUUUAACUGAUACAUACGGCACAGAAGGUCUAAUUUAUUUAGUCAAGUAUCGUAAUCGGAUUGAAUAAAUCAAUAACUACCAACAACUGUGGCCGAUCCCCUCAUUUAUCGUUCUUCUACUCAAUAGGCCUUUGACACAAACUAAUAUUUGUUCAAAGUUGCAAUAAAGCGCUCAUUUGAGCGGACCAUAUCACACUGCUGUUUUAAUGUCCAUAAUGCUUGUAUCGAAAACAACUUUAGAUGGCUAAUCUAAAACCAACAUUUGAAGAGAGGGCCCCAUGUUCGCCAAGAACAGAGCCGUAGUCUUGUGAGACGCACAUGUUUUGUAGAGGGCCAGUGGUGUUAAGGGGAGUCUGGGAGGGGUCUAGGUAUGUAGAUAAUGGGACCUGUGUGUGCCGAGCCUGUGGCAGGUCCCUCCACACGUAUGUAAUGAAGUGUCACGGCAGCCGUGUUCGACUUGUCGUGUACUGGCCCUUGCAUCGUGGGACUGUUAUUCCUACAACGCGGCAGCACGAUGUGGUUAGAGUUAAACAACAAUAACAAGGGCCUAAUUCGUCUCAGAUGUUUACUCAAGCAACGUGGAAGCAAUCAGGGCCUGGAGGUUCACUGGUGCGUGUGCAGGACAGGGCUGUUUUGGGAGCCAGUGCGUUUUAAUGGUGUAGCCGAGGGGUUCACGGUCGUGCUGACCAGUGGGAAGGGAGAAGGCCGUUCGCUGAAAGCCAUUCAUUUUUCUGGAGCAGCUCAAAGUUCGUUCCUGACACCUGUUAAUCGCCUUACGUCAUGAUCUGGGCUUCUUUUUCCAGAAUUCCACACCUCGUCAGUCACAUGAAAAGAAGUUUACUGCUUCUAGUACUACUUCCCAUCAGCUAGUGUAUAGAUUCGGUUUUAUAAACUUAAGCCCUUUCAGAUGCAGUUUCCAUGUGAUUUGAUUCACACUGAUGUGUUGAAUAAUGCAUUCAUUGUGCAAGUGUAUUGUUUUGUUACAUCGAGCCACUAGAGGUAGCUGUGAGCAUUGUGGUGGGUGACCUUUUUUUCUCUUUCCAUUCUCAUGGAUUUUUCUGUGUUUCUCUUUAAUUUGGUAUUUGAUUGCUCACGGGGUCCACCAACUGCUUGUUUUUGAAUCUCUGGGGCUGGGAAAUUAUUUCGUGGAAUAUAUUCCUUAUCCACUCGCUCUUAAUUCAGGGACAUUUACAAGAAAAACAGUGGAAAACGUAUGCAGAGCCCUGUCAGGCCGAAUCCCUCGUCCCCUCUUGCUAUAUUAUGCAUACAAUGUAUGUAUUCUGUACAAUGUGUAUAUUGGAAAGCGAGGGAAGAGGAAAUGGUUUCGCGCAGACAUUUGAUGUAAAUCAUUUGGCAGAAUUAGACCCCUGUAUCAUGGGGAUAUACAGCUGGGAUUGUGUACUGUGUGAAAACUUGUAUCACUCUUCCAUAUGCUCUCAGGAAUUUCUCUCGCUCCUUCUUUCUCCCAUCUUAACAAUGCAGGAUAUCUCCUUGGCAAAGCAUCCGAAACAAAGUGAUGUGUCAGUAUUCAUUAACCAUCACGAUCACCUUUAACCAAUAUGAAUCUUGGCAUGAGAAGAAGAAUGGACUCCAGUCUAUGAGAUGACCUCCUCCUCAUCUUUCUUAUGCUGUAUGUUUUUCCUCAUCUGUAUAAGCUGUUCAUGUCGGUGUGGCCACCAUACUAGGCCAAUACUGAAAUUCUUCAUAAGGCACAAAAGAAUUCCAAGAAGCUCUUUUCCACCAUAAGGAAUUGAUUUUUACAAGCUAUUUUUGUUUCACGUCUAAAGGCAGGUCAGUGGCAGCAAAUGAAAGAAAUGACACCUGAAACUUCAUGCAGUUUGUGUAUGUUCUGUUAUAUGCAUCGGUUUUUGAUUGGAUUUUUAGAUGUGGAUGUUGCACUUUAAAAAUCAAUGUGAGCGUUCAGUCGAUUGUGGAAGGGACUGGUUUAAGCAGACUAAAUAAUUGGAGAAGUUCUGCAUACAUCACCAGAGAUGAGUCGUUUUCACAGAACGUUCCAGUUAUGAUAUUCUGAUUAAACAUCACAAGGUCAAAACUUAAUAAAAUGAAAUGUAUGCAUGGAUGAAUUGUUCAUAAUGUCUAUAACAUGCAUUUAGAAAACAGAUUGACAGUACUUGUUGCCAAUCCACUUUCAUUAUAUGGGAUAGCGCAGAGUGAAAAUUUUGCAAAACAUCUCCUUUUGUGUUCCACAGAAGAAUGAAAGCCAUACGGGUUUGGAACAGCAUGAGUGUGAGUAGUAACUCAUGACAGACUUUUUAUUUUGGGGUGACUGUCCCUUUAAGAAUUUUAUUAGGACAGUUCUAGCAUACAAGUAGCAAAAGUUACGUAUGCUGGAAACGAGACGGUACACACCAAUCUCAUUUAAACCCUCUAAAUGCAACCAUGUGCCCUAUAUCAGAAACAAAUGCUGAAUGGCACGCUGAAACAAUAAAAUCCUGCGGAUGGCCUGCUGCUGGCUCACCAUUAUUGAAUCCCCCUCAUCCAUUCUUCCGUCUUUCUUUUCUUCUCACUUUCUUUCUCUGAUUCUUCCACUGUAUCCCCCACUUUCAAGCCUUGCCAGGACGAAAGGAUUGGCAGCGAGAUGAUGGGAGGUCAGAAAGGGAAACAGAGCAGGGCAAGACCGAGUGAGUUUCAAAAACACACCUUGUGGGAAUAUCAACAUGCCCUGGAGCGCGGAGAACCGACCCAAUGCUGGAGAGCCAUCACAGCCCAUCGCAUGGUGUCCAAGUCUCCCACAGCUGUUCUGGAGCAUAAAGGAGAUGACACACGAAUGGAUGAUCUUCCCUGGCUCACAGGAACAGCAGCAUGCACACUGUUUCCAGUAAAGGUCACGAGACAGUAAAUCAAAGGAUCCGAGAUGGAAAUGCAACAAACCCUCUCGUCUGAGGUAAUUCUAAGAUGUCAAGAAAAGAUGUAAUUAGAUCCUUGAGGAACGCCAUAUGUAAAAGACUUUUCCUAUUAGUCCUCAAACAUUUGUUUGUUUCUUAUUUAUUUAAUUCAUAAAAUCUUCUGUUGAACAAAGAUUUUUCACUUUUUUUUUUUUUUAGAGACCACUAUUUAGAGGAUUAUCUUGGAUAGGUCACCAUUUAUAACAUGUAAAAUGUGCUACUUCCACUUUCCCAUGACUACUGCUAUAUGCUGAUCUGAAUCAAACACAUCUGGGACAAAUAGAGAGCAUAACUCCUCUGCCUCACACAGCAACCUCUGGACCUGUUGCCAAUGUCUUAAAUGGUACUUGAAAGGUCCUCUUUUUCCAUUGUAUCCCCAGACUAAUAGAUCAUAUCACAGUGAGUUUCAGUGUUUUGAGAGGAUUGAUGGGAAUUAUUAAAAUAAUUCAUUUAAUUGCUUAAUUUCAGUGAUAUGCCAUUGUUUGCUUAAGGUCAUAUGUUGUUGUGUACUUGUAUAGUGGCCCAAAGAAAAAUUGAACACUUACACCACACUUAAAAAAAUGACUGAAUGUUAUAUAACAAAUUAUCAAACCAAGUAGAAUUAAUGCAAACAAUUAUAAGUGGAUCUUUCCUCAUAAGAGAAACAAAUUUCCACAUCCAGGCACUGACAUAGAUUUUAGCAUUUAAAAAGACAUACAGGGCAACAUUAAAAAGCACCAAUGCAUACAGUAGCAUUCAUUUUAAAGAAACAGCACAAACAUACUUUACAUUUUAAGGUUUACUUGAUACAAUUGUUCAAAUGCACAUAUAUUUGGUAGCAUUCUAGUUGUCAAACAUUAGUGGACCAUGUUCAUUCAUAGUUAAUGUGAUGAACUACACCUGCAGUUACUCUACUAGAACAUCUGUGUGCACAUGACUUAAGUGUCCAAAAACAUUUGGGACCACUGUUUGUUUAUACAACAAAAGAAAGUCAGCAUUCUUGAUUCUGAUUGGUUGUGAAACUUCCUUAAAUUAAGACUUAAGUAAAAAUUAAGUAGUUCCAUGUUUGUUGAACGAAUUAAAGUUGAGUAUCACUGCGCCAUGUUCAGUUUUAGCUGUGUCUAUAGACUAAAGAUGAGGAAGUAGUUCUAUACACGAGCGUUUUAGGAAUAAAACCUUUAGACAAACAUAAAAACAUUUGGUAACUGGUACAAUGGUGUAUGCUUAAUGUAGUUAUAUUUAUUUUUGCUAUUGAGUGACAGGAUACACUUACCUCACUCAGGUCUGCACAAAGCUGCAUUAAUGUAUGAAAAUGCAUGCUGUUCAUUUGUAUAUUGACACUGCAGACUGGACAGUUCUAUAAAAUCAAACCGAGCAUGUUCCAAACUAAUUACGGAGCUUUCCAACGAAUGGCAUUUCUUGAAUACAUAAUAGUCCUCCUGACAUGUUUUUCUCAGUCUCUGUUUUAAUUAAUAUGGCUUCUGUUGGAAAACCAAACAAAGCAUGACACAGCACUCCAUCACCUGAACAUGGCCCAUGGUGAUGUCAUUACUAGUCUGCUUGACAUGAAUAUUCCCCACGUCAAAGCUGCCAUUCCAAUCGAGCAGUCAAGUAUGUUUUGAGUUCUUUAUUGUGUAAUAAACCAGGUCCAAGACCAGACCCACCCUUUUAACCCAUUUUGAAAGCGAAUGAGGUUAUAACAGCCCAGCCUUUCACUGCAAUAAAUGCACAUACACUCAGCAGUGGAGGUCUGGGUGGAGGUCUAGUCAUAUUUCGGUAUGCUCGCUUGAAGAAUCACAAUAAAGCUUUUUCAUUUAUUUAUUUCCCUUCCGAACAGACGGAGCCUUUUCUGCAUUUUACACAUUUUUAUACAUGUAGAAAACGAUUACAAACCACCCGACAGAGUCAAAUUGCCCAAAUCUCGAAAUUGCAGGAAGUGCCAUUUAGCUCCCAGUUUUCCCUCUCUCGCUCGACUCUAAUUUGCUUGUGAUUUUGUGUGUCCCGAGUCGAUCUGAAAGAGAGAAUGUUCUGGAACAGAGGAUGGGCUGUGGAGACCAGAGCGGUUUCUGUCAUGAGGAGAUGGAAUGCUCAAGCGGACCCACAUGAAUGAGUCACUAUGGAAACAGUCGAAACGUUCCAGAGUAACUUGUGUACACAUUGCGCCAUGUGUGCCCAGCGAACUGAGAAGAAAAGUACAAUUCUUACGAGAGACUGUGUUUUCAAUGGGCACGCUCUUUACACAAAUAGAGGCACCCUUUGAAUGUUUCUGUUGGGAGGGGAGAGUUCUGGAGUGUAUAGAAAUGAUGCCAUAUAAUGAGAUGUUUGGAUUCAUGGUGGUUUGAUCUUUGUUUCUUUCUUUUUGUGCUAAAAACACAGCCUAUAGAUGUGUUUAUUGAAAUACAUUUUUUGCCCCAUUAAGUUUAAUGGUUCAUAACACGAGUGGAUGAACCCUUUGCAUAAGCGGCGCUAAUUCUUUUGGCAUGUAUGGCCUUGGGUGCUAAAGACUUUACAUGAGGAGUUGGCACCAGUGUUAUGUGACAUCUUCAAUAUAUGCAUCCAGCAUAACAUUUUUCCAAAACAAUGGAAGGAGGCUAUAGUCAAAGCUGUUCCUAAAAAGCAAAGCCUAGUUUUCCAGCAGAUUAUCGCCAGAUCUCACUACUCAGCUGUGUUGGCAAAGUGUUUGAAGGAAUCCUCAGAGAUGCCAUUCUCGAGGAUACAGUUACUAAGAUCGAACCAUCACAACACGGCUUUAUGAGGAACAGAUCAACUGACACUGCCUUGAUUCAAAUUCUGCAGCACUGGCAUGAAGCACUUAACAGCUCCCCUAAAAUGGAUAUACAUGCUGUUUUUGUUGACUUCACUCGAGCUUUUGACACAAUUGAACAUUGUCGACUGCUACAUUCCUUAGCUGACUUGCAAGUCAGACGACCCCUUUGGCUUAUUGUAAGGAGCUAUCUGAGUAACAGAGAGCAGAGGGUUAAGUGGGGCUCCUGUGUGUCUAACUCCUUUCCAGUUCCAGCUGGUGUUCCUCAAGGGGGACUUCUAUCCCCUCUGCUUUUUGUCAUAUGCAUAAAUAGCCUGGAUUCAUAUUUGCCUCCUUCGGUAAUACCUGUGAAAUAUGCUGACGAUCUAACAAUCGCAGAGUUUCUAAUGGGGUCUUUACCUGGACUCCCUCAGAAGGCCUUGGAUUCUGUAAUGGAAUGGGGACAGGAAUUUACAUUGGCAAUGAAUGGAGCUAAGGCUUAGUUCACACUGCAGGUCUUAAUGCUCAGAUCGGAUUUUUUGCUGAAAUCCUUUUUUUUUUUUGCGCUGUUGUUCACAAUGUCAUUUAAAUGCGACUGCCAUCAGUCUCAUGUGUGAACCGUAUACAGCCCUGAAGUGACCCGCAUGCACAGAAGAAGACGUGACAUCAGACGCAGCUCACUGUGAUUGCAGAAAUAAAAAUGGAUGCUGCUCGUGUUAGAGCGUGUUUAGCAAUUUUUAAGUUAAUGUGCAAUCGGAGCUUAAAUAACAAAGUGAUAAGAAGAAUAUUAAGAAGAAGGAGAGCACGAUUUCCUCCAGCGCAGAAUUGUGAUGUCUGUCGCAUUUCAAUGACGUAAAAAUCGCAUGAAAUGCGACAUGGCCGUUCAGACUGAAGUCGCAUUGCAAAACAUCGAAUAUGUAUGCUAUGUAGGACCACAUUUUAGGCCUGAUUUGAAAAAAUCGGAUUUGUGCUGUUCAGACUGUCAUAAGAAAAUCAGAUAUGGGUCACAUUUGGGCAAAAAGUCGGAUUUGGGCCACUUUAGCCUGCAGUGUGAACCUAGUCUAAGACUGUGGACAUGGUAAUUAGUGCCAGGAGAGAGGACAACAUUCCCUCCACUCCCUCUCCUGUUAUCUCAGGACAUGCAAUUAGUAGAGUUUCCACCUUUAAAUUGCUUGGAGUUCAAAUAUCCUCUGACUUGUCAUGGGAUGCCCACAUUAAGUACAUGAUUUCGAAAGUGCGCCCCAGAAUAUACUAUCUUUGUGCUGCAAAAAAAGCGGGUCUUCCUUGUGAUGUUUUAGUGCAAGUAUACUUGACUUUUAUACGCCCAGUUCUCGAGUAUGCUAGUCCAGUAUGGGGUGGUCUACCUAAAGGUCUCUCUGAGGAGUUAGAGAGGAUCCGAAAGCGAUGCUGUCGGAUAAUAGUCAUUCCGACUUCAACUCUCCCAACAUUGAGUGAGAGGCGUGAGGAAGCCACCAUACGUACUCUUACUAAAACACUCAAGGACAGUUCAUCACCACUGCAUUGUUUCCUGCCUAUGGCUCCAACACCUACUUAUUCUCUUUGGUGGCACAAGACAUUUGUUGUACCCAGGAGUAAGACUAAACUUCAUGAACUCUCCUUUAUUCCCCGUGCUCUAAAAUGGUUGUAUAGAUAACUCACAGGUCUUUGAUUAGGAUGCCUUUUCUGUGAAUCUGUGUUAUUCGUGUGUAUGUGUAUAUAUGAUUGUCAUGAUUGUCUUGGAGUAUGUGUAUGUUUGACACAUUUCAGGGUUUUGUGCUGCAAUAUUCUGUCGUGUCAAACUUUAAAUAAAAG